CUUAAACACCCUACCUGCUAUUGCUGAAUAUCUUGACUCUCUACGCACACCCGCGCUCUAACCCCCACCCCCUUUCUUUCAGAAGCCCACCACGCUCUUGUAGUUGAUGCUGUCCAAGAUUUCCGCAACUUCAUCGACUAAUUAAGCCGGAGUCGUUGAUUUGUCUAACAACUCAGGCGAAAGUAAUUUUUCUUUUUUUUUUCCUGCUGGGCGUUUACUCAAAGUUUGAAUUUUUGAGGCAAAGGGAAGAAGAAUCCAGUUUAACAUUCUUGAGCAUCUAAUCUCUCAAGCUGGAACUAAGGAUUGGAUCCAGUUUGAGGGAAGUAACAUAUAAUGAGUAGCUUGUUUCAUGCAUGUACAGUUACAAUAGUAACAAGCACUACACGUCUUGCCUUGAAGAGUUCAAUUUGUGGAAUUCCGGUGCUUUAUUGGAUGAAAAGCUUUUGCUCAUGCUUGAAUUAGAAAGUUGAUUUUGACUUUUGCUGCAUAGAGUUAGCAUCUAACAAGUGUAGUGGAGAUAGUUAUUUUUCAAAAAGUUUGACCCUACUCCAGUAAUGAAGGAAGAUAAUGGCUUCUUUGUUGUUAAGAAAGGAGAUCUUGUUGGAGUCUACAGAAACUUGAGUGACUGCCAGACUCAAGUCGGAUCCUCGAUAUGUGAUCCUCCGGUUAGUGUGUAUAAAGGCUACUCCAUGCCAAAGGACACAGAGGAAUAUCUUCUAUCUUGUGGGCUUAAACAUGCACUUUAUUCUAUCAAAGCUGCAGAUCUGACCGAAGGUCUCUUUGGGACUCUAGUACCAUGCCCUUUUCAGCAGCCAUCUUCUUCCAAAGGUGGAGCGUCUGAGCAUAUGCCGAAGAAGAGGUCACAGGAAGCAAUGUGGUCAGAAUAUACGGAUGCUGUUGGAUCAGCAGUUAUUUCAAAUGAUUCCCUAAGAAAGCAUAUCAAGUUAGAUCUUCCUAAGGGUGACCAAGCUCUAUCAUCUGGUCAGCGAUCUUGUACUCUUGAAUUUGAUGGUUCUUCGAAAGGAAAUCCGGGACAAGCUGGUGCAGGAGCUGUGGUACGAGCUGAUGACGGAAGUUUGAUUUGUAGGCUGCGUGAAGGUUUAGGAAUAGCAACAACCAGUGUUGCUGAAUAUCGAGGCUUUAUCUUGGGUUUGAAAUAUGCACAUAGCAAAGGGUUUACAAGUAUUCGUGCUCAGGGUGACUCCAAACUUGUUUGUAUGCAGAUCCAGGGUCUGUGGAAGGUUAAAAAUCAAAACAUCUCUACGCUUUUUCAGCAGGCAAAACAACUGAAGGAUAGGUUUCUUUCUUUCCGCAUCAUUCAUGUUCUUCGGGAAUCAAACUGUGAUGCUGAUCAGCAGGCGAACUUGGCUGUUGGACUUCCUGACGGUCAUAUUCAGGAGGAGAUAGAGAAAUGACAAUGGGGCAGUCGAAGAUGACUUAAAGGUGGUUCUGAAGAGGAUCUUUACGUGCUAACCACUGAGGUCUAGUGCUUGGCAGCAUUCUGAUUAUUUGAGGUCAUAAUUUCUUAUUUUGCCAGUACUACGUCCAACCUUAAAAUGUGUUGCACGGUGAAGCCAGUGAUUAAUGAUAGCAGUUAGGAAUUCUGUAAAUUUUUGCUGGAUGUGGCUCAAAACAGGCACCGACAGCAAAUGUUACUAUUUGCUUUGAGUUCUAGCCGCCGAGCACAAGAUGUUUGCCUGAAACUCAAAGACCAUCGAGGGAAAUGAUUGAUGCGAAUCAUAUCGAGUCUCUUAUCCUUUCUGUAGCAGAACAAUGGCCAUAUUACCCGUCAUUCCUCACUUAUGUAUUGCUAUGAUAUGAUAAUUAAUUUAAAUUUGUAUUAGUAUCGCAAUUUGCCUGUGACAAAAAACUUCGGGCAUGUGAAAAUCAAGACAAGAAGAAUCGUGUAGCAAAUUAGUACAAUGAGUGUCGCAAGCCGUAGAAUUUCUCUAAGUUCGGAGAAAGUAUCUAUCGUUUCUUCUCUUUUAAUUGCUGAUCCAAUGGCUUUGAUAGCUUGAUCUUGAGUUUUAUUAAUUUGAAUUCAAGGGCUUGAAGUUUGAUCUUAAA